GGCGAUUUUUAAUAUAAUUAUUGCUUGGCAACGGCGCUGAGUUGAUUUCUAUACAGUAUAAUAAUGCUACCUUUCCCAUCAAGAAAACUCCACCAUCGCCGUUGCAAUAGCUAUCACGAAACAGGUUGAUAGAAGCUAGUGGGCGAUCGAUCACAGCCUGGUUGCCAGCGGCACGUUAGCUGUGUCCAGGGCCUGAAGCAGCCCCUGUGCUGCCGCUAGCGCGCCACCCCUCUGGUUUCGUUGCGGCUCGUUCUACGCCCUCGCGGGGCGCGCCAAAUCGUCCUGCGGUGACUCGGCGUUGCAAUGAGUUUGCCUCGGCCCGGCUUGAUGAGCCUUCUCUUUCUUUGCCGUGCGAUAUCGGCCGGCGCUCUCCUCACACCUUGUAGUUUUUCCACGGCAGCGCGGCGCCUGCUCCUCCUCGGUGGUCCUUCUGUCACGGCCGCAGUUCCGCAGUCGCCUGCCUGCUUACCCAGCGUUUGGCAGGAGGCUGCUCGCCACUGGCCCUUCUCGUCGCCUCACCACUGCGUGGCCUACACAAAGGGGGAGUUAGCUGACCUCAUUUUCGAGCGGCCGAAGCUGUAAACUGGUGCGGCGCUCUCGCAGGCCCUGCUUUUCGGUGCCUCUCGCGUCGCCUUGCCCCCUUUGCCCUUCCUUUCAGCGGGGCUUCCGGCUAGUCGCCUCUGUGACUUCAAACACCUGUUCAAAAUCCACUUUUGGCGCUAAAAUCGAUGUGGCCACCACCCGGUGGUAAAAAUUAGUAUUUUGGUCAAUAGGCCAACAAGGCCUUUUUCAACGCUGUUCAAUAGCGCGGGCAUGCGCGCAUCUGGCCUUUAGUAGCCUCGUAGAGCGAGGCGCGCGCUAUUUAGAUUCGAAGAGAGUGCGAUAAUACGAGCUAUACGCGCUGAGAUAUUGAUGAAUCUAUAAAAUACUAUCUUUUUUGAACUGUUUAGGCCUUGGCAUAGGCUUGGCAUUUAUGAA